AUGGCCUCCUCCUUGGCUCGCAUUUUGUCGCGCGGCUUCCAUGUCUCGGCUCGAAGGCGUGCCCUUGCUCCUUUCAAUAUGCCAGCAAUGAGCCCUACCAUGACUGAGGGUGGCAUUGCAUCAUGGAAGAAGAAGGAAGGAGAGGCUUUUUCUCCUGGGGAUGUCCUUUUGGAAAUAGAGACCGACAAGGCUACCAUUGACGUCGAAGCCCAGGAUGACGGAAUUCUUGCUAAAAUCAUUGCACAAGAUGGCGCGAAGGGUGUGCCCAUUGGGUCAAUAAUUGCUGUUGUCGCCGAAGAGGGCGAUGAUCUUUCGGGUGCGGCCGCAUUCGCUGAACAAGCGGCUACUCGGGGCCCACCGAGCAAUCAGACGACCACGGAACCAAAAGCAGAGAGCCCACCUCCUCCCAAGGACUCGCAGCCUCCCACAACGACUCCUAGUACGCCAUCUAAAGAGUCUCUUCCUUCUGGGGACCGUAUCUUCGCAUCCCCCAUUGCCAAGAAGAUUGCUCUCGAGCGCGGAAUUCCUCUGGCUAAAGUUUCUGGAUCUGGCCCUGGGGGCCGGAUCAUUCGUGAGGACGUCGAAAAAUAUAAGGAGAUACCAGCUUUGGCCUCUGCUACCCAGACGAACUUGGCGCAACCCCCGGCAGCAGCUUUACCUGAUUAUGUCGACACGCCUAUUUCUAACAUGCGUCGUACAAUCGGUGCCCGCCUUACACAGUCCAAGCAAGAGUUGCCACAUUAUUAUCUCACCGUCGAAAUUAACAUGGACAAGACUUUGAAAUUAAGAGAGGUGUUCAACAAGACUCUUACAGAGAAGGAUAAAUCCGCGAAGCUCAGCGUGAACGACUUCAUCGUCAAAGCUGUAACCUGUGCACUUUCCGAUGUCCCAGAGGCUAAUUCGGCGUGGCUUGGAGAGGUCAUCCGAACAUACAACAAGGCUGACAUUUCAGUUGCCGUUGCUACGCCGACAGGCCUUAUUACUCCCAUUAUCAAGGAUGCUGGCUCAAAGGGAUUGGCUACUAUUUCUGCAGAAACAAAAGCGCUCGCAAAGAAGGCCCGGGACGGGAAGCUGGCACCUGCUGAGUACCAGGGUGGGACAUUCACCAUCUCCAACCUUGGGAUGUUUGGCAUUGACCACUUUACUGCCAUUAUCAACCCUCCACAGUCAUGCAUUCUUGCCGUUGGCUCAACGGAGGCCAAACUAGUUCCCGCCCCGGAGGAGGAACGUGGUUUCAAAAUCGUGCAAGUGAUGAAGGUUACUCUCAGCUCCGACCACCGAACUGUUGACGGCGCUGUUGGUGCCAGAUGGUUAACUGCCUUCAAAGGAUACCUUGAAAAUCCUUUAACUUUUAUGCUAUGAUAGAUAGAGCGUUUGUAGUCCGAUAGAGCCCAUGAAUUUGAAGUAAUUCAAUUUCAAAUGAGAAAUUACCUUGAAACGCCCUCA